GGACUUGGGGAUUACGAGGAAUUACCUCCUCGUAAUUUCCCCAAGUAAUAGAAGUUUGAUCGUCAAUAAAGUGAGGAAGAAAUUUUAUUUCCGAUCAAAACGUCUAUCCGGUGGAGAAAGUAGGACGACGGAGCUGAAAAAAUGGAGAUUACAAACAAUUCUUCAACAGAGCAAAGACAAUCCAAAAAAGAGAAAGGAGGAUGGAGAGCCAUCAAAUACAUUCUCGCAAAUGAAACUUUUGAGAAAUUAGCCUCAAUGAGUUUGAUCGCAAACUUGACUGUUUAUCUACAAACUCAUUACAACCUGGAUGGUAUUCUUUUGAUUAGUGUUGUCAGUGUGUGGUCUGGAUCCUGCAAUGUUACACCCAUUAUUGGCGCUUUGUUUUCUGACACUUUUCUGGGCAGAUUUCGUACUCUUCUCUUCGGUUCAAUCUCAUCAUUCUCGGGUAUGGGAAUUAUUGCUUUUACUGCUGCUAUAUCGGCAUUAAGACCUCCAACUUGCAUUGACAAAGGAAAUUGCAUAGGUCCUAAGGAAUGGCAAUUGGGCGUCCUUUUUAUUGGCUUAGGGUUACUGGCAAUUGGAGCUGGUGGCAUUAGACCCUGCAACAUUGCCUUUGGGGCAGACCAAUUUGACACCACAACUAAAAAGGGGAGAAGACAAUUAGAGAGUUUUUUCAAUUGGUGGUACUUUUCAUUCACUUUGGCUCUCGUAGUUGCUCUCACUGGUGUUGUAUACAUCCAGACCAAUGUUAGUUGGGCUCUUGGUUUCUUCAUCCCUACCAUGUGCCUUUUCUUCUCCAUUGCCAUUUUCAUAAUUGGUCACCAUACCUACAUACUUGCAAAGCCCCAAGGAAGUGUUUUUGUUGAUAUGGCUAAGGUGAUUGUUGCAGCGUUUCGGAAACGAGGUUUACGUGCCUCAGAGCACACGCUCCACGACCCUCCCCCGCUCGAAAAUGAGGUGAAAAUUCCUCACUCAGAGAGGUUUAGAUGUCUUGACAAGGCUGCUAUGGUGGUCGAUGAAAGUGAGGUGGAUGAGCAGGGUUUGCCUAAAAAUGGAUGGAAGUUAACCAGUGUGCGACAAGUGGAACAUUUGAAGAUGUUACUAGGAAUGUUGCCCAUUUGGAUAACAGGAAUUGGUUGUUUCAUAGCCAUGGACCAACAAAACUCUAUUGGGAUAAUGCAAGUAAUCCAAUCAAACAAAAAGCUUGGAUCCCACUUUCAGGUACCUCCAGCUUGGAUGGGACUUUCGUCGAUGAUUGCUCUUGCAAUAUGGAUCUUCAUUUACGAGCAAAUUUGGGUACCUCAAGCUAGAAAACUUACAGGAAAGACUAAAAGAUUGACAAUGACACAUAGGUUGAAUAUCGGCAUUGUGAUAGCAAUUGUGUGUGCGUUAGUAGCUGCAACUGUUGAAACAAAACGUCGUGGGGCAGCUUUAAAAAGCGGAACAUUUGAGUCACCUUUAAGUGUCUUGUUCUUCUUGCCGCAAUUUGCUUUAUCAGGUUUGAUCGAAGCGUUUGCUGCAGUUGCUUUGAUGGAACUUCUUACGACGCAAUUACCAGAGAGCAUGAGGACUGUUGCCGGCGCAAUCUUCUUUCUGAGCUUAUCAGUGUCAAGCUACUUGAACUCUCUUCUUGUGAACAUUGUUUAUACAACAACUAAGAAGAGUGGGAAAGGGCCGUGGUUGGGAGGUCACGAUCUCAAUAAGGAUAGGCUGGAGUACUUCUAUUACCUCCAGGCUGGUAUAGAAGUUUUGAAUUUGAUUUAUUUCAAUGCCUUUGCCAGACAUUUUUUGGCCAAAAAUGGAGGAUCCAAGGAGGAGCAGAGAAGUGAAGACAAAGCAGUAGAAACGGCCUAAUUGACAAGAUCGAUUGGAUAUCUAUGCAAUGAUGAGUAUAGGAAAAUGUAAUUUUGAGACAAAUGGGAAGAAAUUUAUGAAAUGUGAGAAAUUGUUUGUGGAUUGAUAAAAUAUUGUUUCUUUCAUAAUCAAAUGUUAAACUAAAAAAAAAAAAGUUACAAAUUAUAGAAAAGCACAGAAGGGUUCAGAUACCAUGCAAAACAAUAUACACUACCCUAAUUCAAACUUGCUGCUCUUCUACAGCUGGUUUAACAUUCAACCAUUCUCUUCCAAAGCCAAAAGCACUUAGUUUUUGCUCAAUUAUCUUGUCAAGGUGUUCUGCCAUCUCAGGUGUCAAAUGAUUCCUCCAGUCCCCAACCUUCCCCUCCGGGAAAUGUCUUUGUUUCGAACCUGAUAGUUUCGAAUUGGAAAUAACAUUCCACUCUUGUUUACCUCUAAAUUGCUCAUAAACUCAAAACUGCACAGCUCUACAAUUUUUUGCACCACACCUUCUUUUUCUUCCUCUAAGGAAAAAGGGUAUCCCAUGAAUUC